CUCUCCUCCUCCUCAUCCUCUGUGCUCAACAGGUUCUAAUGCACCAGCGACUGAUGCGGGGCGAGGAAGAAGAAGCAUGCUGUCCAUGUUCUGGCCCCUGGGCACCGAGCAGGAGGUCCACUCAUGGGAUGUAGUGGAUGCAGAGUCAGGUUCAACUCGGCCAAAGUGCUGUCCUUCCUCACCAUGGUCCUGAUCUUCACCUACUUCUUCUACUGCCUCACCGGGAUCUGCCACUCGGCCCCCAGGACUCUGUACGCGGACCAUGACCUCCUUCCGGAACCUCGCCCGGGGAACCGGACCGCCUUCCCGGACGUGGUGCAACCCCGCAGCCUGCUGGAGGACAACAACAACGACAACGACGACAACAUCCCCGUGUCCAACACAUUCGGGGCCAAGAGGUUCCCGCAGGCCGUCAUCAUCGGCGUGAAGAAGGGCGGGACCCGGGCCUUGCUGGAGUUCCUCCGAAUCCACCCGGACGUCAGAGCCGUGGGGGCCGAGCCUCAUUUCUUUGACCGGUUCUACGACAGAGGACUGGAGUGGUACAGGAACUUGAUGCCUCGGACCCUGGACGGUCAGAUAACCAUGGAGAAGACCCCCAGCUACUUUGUCACUAAGGAGGCUCCAGGUCGCGUCUGCACUUUGAACUGCCAAACCAAGCUCAUCGUGGUGGUCAGAGAUCCAGUGACUCGAGCUGUGUCCGACUACACUCAGACACUCUCCAAGAACCCGGGUCUUCCCUCCUUCCAAAACCUGGCCCUGAGGAACACCUCGACGGGGGAACUCAUCGACAUUUCGUGGAGCGCCAUCCGCAUCGGCCUCUAUGUCAAACAUCUGGAGAACUGGCUCCAGUAUUUCCCCUUGUCGCAGUUUCUUUUUGUCUGCGGCGAGCGCUUGGUGUUCGAUCCCGCCGGGGAGAUGGGUCGUGUUCAGGACUUCCUGGGCCUGAAGAGGGUCAUCUCCGAGAAGCAUUUCUACUUUAACCAGACCAAAGGUUUCCCGUGUUUGAAGAAGCCCGAGGGAAGCAGCAGGCCACGUUGUUUGGGAAAGUCAAAGGGGAGACCUCAUCCUCAGAUUCCUGCUGAGGUCUUGCAGAGACUGAGAGACUUCUACCAACCUCACAACCAGCGAUUCUACCAGAUGAGUGGGCAGGACUUUGGCUGGUAAUAACUUUUGAGUUGAAGCAGACUCUCAGGAAUGUUCUCCUGACAUGCGACGCUUUGUUGAAAGCUGCAAACAUGCAAGCUUAUGACACAUUUGCUCGCUUGCAUGUUAGCAUCAUAAAGAAGAACCACAGGGAAAAUGUUGCCUUAAAGUAUAUUUUUUGACUUGAUUUAACUAAAUAAGCUGAUAUUUAUAGUUUUUUUUGUCGAGUUAAAUGCGAAUGAAAGAUUUCUAUGUAUUUAUUAUCCCACGCCAAGGCAAGGAACAAGACAAAGGGGAAACGAGCCUUACUCUGUAAUUAUGAACCACUAUUUGUUUUUCAACAGUAUUAACAUGACUGGAUUUUAUUUUUCAUUACAGAAGGAAAUGUGUCGUACGUUAUAGA